AUGGCUUUCGGCUUCGGUAACUCUGGAAACUCCAUGCUUGGGGGCGCCGGUGGAGCAGGAGGGCUUACUUCAGGUCCUGAUUUGGAGACUAUCCAGACAGAGGAUCUAGGCUUUCUUACCAUCGCCGGCGACGCCAAAGUUCGUCUGACCUCUGCCUGGUCAUCUCUUCCAUCUUCAACCGCGUCGCUCCUGAGUGUUGCUUCGCGAAAGGGUCUUGUCGCUGCUGCCGGACCCGACCAGGUCAUCAUCGCCACCACUGAAUCCGUCCGAAAAGCAUUCGAAUCAGAAAAGAAUGGCGACUCCGACAUUCGCGCAUUCGAGCCUCAGCUCAAGAUUGCGAUGCCCAUGCGGGUGUCGCAACUCGCCUUUACCGCAGACGAGAACUACCUGAUUCUCUCAGCGGAAUCUGGUGGUGGAUUGGCCGUUUACGAAGUGCAGAGCCUCCUCUCAGGCUCGACAAACUCUGCCUUUGAGCUGUCGACGAAUGGCGAAACCCUUCGAGCUAUGAUCCCGAACCCGACACCUGAGAAGGCUGAGCUGUGUGCCAUUGUAACCAACGGCGGCAACUUGCACAUGGCGAAUCUGAAGGAGCGUCAGAUCAGCAACCCUCUCAAGAACCAGGUCAGCUGUAUCAGCUGGAGCUCCAAGGGCAAACAGCUGUGCGCGGGAUUGGGUGAUGGCACAAUAGCUCAGAUGACACCGGAAGGUGAGGCUAAGGGGGAGAUCCCCAAGCCCCCUAACAUGGGCGACUUUCACGUAUCAUCUCUUACUUGGCUGGAAAACAAUCUCUUCCUGUCUAUUCACACAUCGAACAACGAGUCUCCACCAACAUCCAUUUACCACAUCAUCACGCGCCAACCGCCAUCAUCUUUCAACUUCCAAAAGCUAACGGAUCCCGUUGAGCCCUUUGGUUCAGAAAAGACUCCCCACCACACUAUUCUACGACUCCGGGAUUUCCCACCAGCUCUCCAGGACCUUCUCAUCGUCUCUUCUACGGCUGCUACUGAGAUGGGUGUAUUGAGUCGAUCCAAGACCGCUUUGGCUACCGAUAAACCGGCCGACUCCAUCACCGGUGUUUUCACUACGACUGAGUUCUUGGAUGACACCAAGAGACCGACUCUCCCUAUGACCGACUCCAUGGAUGACUCAACACCCGUGGGCGUUGCGCUGGACUUGUCUGGCACGGAAAAGGUCUAUAAGCCCAUCCCUUCGGAUGUUGAGCUGGAGGAAUCACCAGGGCCCCUUCCUGGAUUUUGGGUUCUGACACAUGAGGGUAUUCUAUGCGCGUGGUGGGUAGUCUACAACGACUCCAUCAGGCAAGGUACAUCCUAUCCUCACCUAACUGCCGUAGAGGGCUCUGCUGCCCCUGCACCAGCUCAGGCGGCUCCCGCGGCAGCAGCACCUUCUGCAUCUCCGUUUGGUAACGCCUCCACCUUCGGCUCAUCAGCUGCCGCUCCUGCUUUUGGCUCGUCCUCUCAACUCGGACAGAAGCCUUCGCUCUGGGGUUCAGGAGGCUCCGGCGCCGCAGCCCCCAGCACGGGUGGUGCUGUGUUUGGAUCGAGCGGCUUCAGCAACGCAGCACCCUCUUCCGCACCAGCUUUCGGCAAGCCCAGCGCUAUUGGCUUUGGACAGUCGUCACAGCUGGGCGCGAAGAGCUCCCCUUGGGCGGCUGCAUCAAGUGGAACGGGAUCAACUCCUGCUUUUGGACAGUCUGGCUUUUCGAGUUUUGCGAAUAACAACAACAACACUAGCCCCUUUGGCAAGGCAGCCUCAUCUAACCAAUCAGGCGCCUCUGGGGGAUUUGCUGGUUUCGCCAGCCAAAGCGGCUUCGCUUCUGUUUCUAACAAUAACACCAGCAGCAGUGUAUUUGGCAGCGGAGACAAGCCAGCAGCAAGUCCUUUUGCCUCUACCUCUAAAACCGAGACAGCUUUCCCAUCCAAGCCAGAUCAACCUUCCAGCAAUCCAUUCGGCUCCACUCCUUUCAAGCUACAGAGUUCAUUCAAGCCGGAUGGAUCUGCCAAGGACGAUGUUAAACCAAGUGGACAAUCCUCCAUGUUUGGAAGUGGAUUUGGCUCUGCUCUUAACGACGCUGCUAGCAAACCCACCAUCACUACAUCCGCGGCGAAGGAUGAUGAUAUGGAUACUGCUGCUGAGACGCCUCAAGAGACUCCUGCUAAACCCAAAAGCUCGUUAUUUCCUACGCCCCAGAGCCCCGAAUCUACCACCCCGACAACUACUCCAGCACCAUCCAAGUUUGGGUUUCCUACCUCGCCUGCCCCCCAAAGCUCUGUCUUUGGACAGCCUUCCAAGUUUGGUUCGUCGACUCUCUUCGGAACCAAGACAGAAACUCCAAAGCCCGGUGGCUUGUUUGGAUCCUCAUCCGCUACGCCCAAGCCUGGAGGUCUAUUUGGAUCACAGCAAAACACGCCCAAGGCAAGCAUAUUUGGAACUCCACAAACGGCGGCCAAGACGACUGGAUAUACAGGGAUUUUCGGACAAAAGUCAGUCCCUGAUGCGGACACACCAAAGGUCAAAGUGGAACAAGACGCUCCCCUGCCUCCUGAUACCACGAGCAGGACUGCCUUUCCUCUCGGCGAUUCGUCUUCUUCAUCGGCUACUUCUGCUGCUCCUUCUAAUCCAUUCGCAGUGGCGACAGCUCCUGCUAAACCCGAAGCAGCUCCUUUGCCGCCAGACUUUCUGUCGACGAAGAAGACGAGCAAGCCUGCAGACUCAACAGACGCCCCACUGCCGCCCGACUUUGUCAAUGUGUCCAAGCCCUCAGAAAAGUCGACGGCUGCACUAAGUGCCCCCUUGCCACCAGACUUUACCAAGCCAGCAAAGAAGCCCGCUGCGGAACCAAACGAUGCUCCGUUGCCUCCCGAUUUUGUUGCUCCCAAGGCCCCCUCAAAGGAGCCUUCCUUUGUGCCCUCUGUUCCCGAGUCAACUGAGGAUGAGAGUGAUCUGGAGGAUGAGGAUGAGGAUGAGGAUGAGGAUGACGACGAUGGCUCCGAAGGUAGUGGUAUCGACGUUGCCAAAGAUCUGAGCCCAAGCGUCAGUGGCCUAACCCCCACGCCUGGUUUCACCCCUCAAAGCUCGUUUGGUGGUCUGGGCGGACCUGCCCUUGGUAGCAGCAGGGCCAACCAAGAAUCAUCCCGGCCCCUGUUUGGCGAAAUCAGCCGCAAUGCUCCCUUGUUCCCACGCCCAACUGCGACCAGCCCCAGGUCCCCUAGCCCGGUUCGGAGUGCUAUACCAAACCGAGUGAUGAGGUCGGAAGCUAUGAGGUCAGUGAGCGCCCCCGGGAUGGCAUCGCAAAUCCUCGGACCCAGACAGUCUCAGAUGGGGGCUUCUAUCACAAGUAGGGAUACCAACGCGCCGGAGGAUCCUUUCAUGGUCCAGCACCGGAAGUUGAAGGCGAAACAGGAGGCAGCGGAAACCCAACCACUCGUGGAUGAAGAGGAUGACGAAGUGCAGAAGAUUCUCGCAUCCGAGGUUGAGGGCAGCUUGACGCUAGAUGAGUUCGUUGCUCACUCCAACGUUGCACCUCCCGCCAAGGAGAGUAUCCCAAGCCAAGUCGAGGCAGUCUAUCGAGAUAUCAACUCGAUGAUUGACACUCUCGGCCUCAACGCGCGCACUGUCAAGUCAUUCAUCAAGGGUCACACUGAGGAAUGUAAGCAAGGCGGACGAACCAAGGAUGAUCUCGAGGAUCCCGAUGAUUGGGUUCUUUGCGAGAUUGAUGAGCUUGGGGAAGUUCUGGACAACGAGCUGUACCCGGAUCUUGAGGAUGGUCGUGUUCGUGACUUGGAAGCUAAGCUCGACGCAUGCCACGAACUGACAAGAGAUAUGCACCGCCUACGGGCUAAGCAGGAAGAUCUCAAGAAGAUCCUCAUGAUCAGGACGGACCCUGACCAGGCCGAAGUGACGCGGUCUAUGCCACUGAGUGCGGAGCAAGCAACACAGCAGAACGAACUCAGACGGGAGUUUGCCAAGUUCUCGAAGCUUGUUGCUGAGGCGGAAGAAUCGCUGACGCUGCUCAAGACACGAAUUGCAUCAGUCUCGAGCGCUUCAGGCAAGGGCAAGACAAGCGUGCCAACGGUGGACGCCGUGAUCCGUACCAUCACCAAGAUGACGGCCAUGGUUGAGAAGCGAAGUGGAGACAUUGACGUCCUGGAGAACCAGCUGCGCAAGAUCCAUCUGGGCGGUUCGAGCCGAGAGGGAUCCCCAAUGACACCUCAGGCAAGGAAGAGCAUCAUGUUCUCUCCUGAUUCGACGCCUGCGCGAACUCUUCGCCACAGUUUCGCGGGCAGCGUUUCCUUGGGUGCGUCGGUGCGGGCCACCCCCCCUCGCAAGAAGCUCAGUGGUUUCAGCCGGGAGGAGAAGGGCGACCUGAUGGAGAAGAGGGCGCGCAGACAGGCAGUUCUCCAGAAACUCAAGGGGAGCGUCGAGAAGAGAGGCGUCAAUGUGUGGAACAUGGAGGAUAUUGAAUAA